GCAGUGACGUGUGAGGGCUGGCUCUCGCCUCUAGGUGUCUGUGAGCGGAGGGCCAGCUGGGUGAUGGUGGAUUUGGGUUUAGUGAAGGGUCUCUGAAACUGCAUGACAGCUGUGAGGGUGGUCCCUAUGGAUUGGGGAUUAGUAAAGUAACCUGUGUACACAGGGGGGCGGACCAGACAGCCAGUUCCCUGAAAGAGUAUUACAUAGCAAAGAUCCAUUAUAAUUUUGGCCUGUUGUUUCAACUUAUUUAUCUACCGUCUGUGGAGUCCUGGCUACAAUGGCAAGUGCAGGUCCAACUACCUCUGCCUCGGCAGAAAAUUCAAGCCCUGGAGGAGCAAGUGGAAGUAGUAAUGGAGAAGGGAGCAGCGGGGACAGUACAUUUGAGUGCAACAUUUGCUUGGAUACAGCCAAGGAUGCAGUAAUUAGCUUGUGUGGUCAUCUUUUUUGCUGGCCGUGUUUGCAUCAGUGGUUAGAAACACGGCCUAAUCGGCAGGUGUGUCCUGUGUGCAAAGCUGGAAUCAGCCGUGAUAAAGUAAUACCUUUGUAUGGAAGAGGGAGUACAGGGCAAGAAGACCCUCGUGAGAAAACCCCCCCACGGCCUCAAGGACAGAGACCAGAACCUGAGAACAGAGGGGGUUUCCAAGGGUUUGGGUUUGGAGAUGGCGGCUUCCAGAUGUCUUUUGGAAUUGGAGCAUUUCCGUUUGGAAUGUUUGCUACAGCUUUUAACAUCAAUGAUGGUCGCCCUCCACCAGCUGUCCCUGGAACCCCUCAGUAUGUGGAUGAACAGUUCCUGUCUCGUCUUUUCCUCUUUGUUGCCUUGGUCAUAAUGUUUUGGCUGCUGAUUGCCUGAAAAUCUUCAAUUGCCCUCUGAUGGCGUUAAGGAUUGGGCAACCUUUACAGAUUAUAUUCCAAUCCCUGCAAUAUAAUAUUCUGGACUUUACCCCUUAUCCAUCCCAGGCCUCUCAAGUGCUACUCUCAAGUCAUUGCCCUUUAGAUUAGAAGAAUGAGGGCUUAUGACUGUUAGAAGAGAAAGAGAAGCACAAUAGUAUUAACGGCUAUGGAGGAGCAGUUUCAGUGCAAGAUAGGACAGACAGCAGAAAUGUACUGCACAAGAGAAAUGUCAUCGUACCAUCAUUUGGUGGGGAGCAGUGUAAGGAAGUACUGGAUAAAUGAGCAAGGCAACACAGAAAAUGAUCUGUCAAAAAACAAAACAUGUGGAGAAGAAAACCCUGCCCAAAAAAACAGUCCACAAGGACAGAAAACAAAUGGCACAUAGGUGGGAAGGUACAGUUCAUCAUGUUUGUACCAAAACAUGGUAAAGAGCUGAAAACAUGGUGUAAAGUAAGAAGAGGUAGAGGGGGGAAAAGAAAUUCAAGUCAUAAGGUCUAUGGUUUGUGAUGCACUACGUACUGAAAGGAAGUAUACAAAGACAACGUGUGAAGAGCACCAGAUGAAGCGAUAAUUAAUUUUUAUCCAACAUGCACGAAGGCCUACACCUGGGCUCCAGGAGGAGGAUGCCAGGCAGUCUGUAUAUAUAUUCUUUGUUUUUUGGACUUGGGGUGGAGUUGAACGUUGAUGAUUCCUCAAUUUUAUGAGAUUUUAAUAAUUCACUGGGAUUAAAUGCUAAUUUUAAGAUA